AUGCCGGACCCAGUUGAGUCGAGGCCGCUCGCUUCGGCUUACGAUAGCCCUACGUUUGGGGAAGACAGCUCGUUUCAUAUUGAUCAAGCGGUUGGUUCUAUGUCAAUAUCGCCUUGUGGGAGAGAUGUUGUUCUUGCAUCAAAGGAAGGCCUGCACGUUAUAGACCUCGAUAAUCCGUACUCUCCACCCCGUUACCUCCCCCAUCGAACCGCUUGGGAGGUUGCCGAUGUUCAGUGGUCCCCGUUUUCCUCUCGCGACUCGUGGGUAGCCAGUACCUCGAACCAGAAGGCAUUGGUCUGGAACUUGGCGAUGAAAACCUCGCAGAACUCCAUCGAACAUGUUUUACAUGCACAUUCAAGAGCUAUUACGGAUAUAAAUUUUUCUGCCCACCAUCCUGAUUUACUAGCGACUUGCGCUGUCGAUAGUUUUGUCCAUUGCUGGGACUUGAGGACCCCGGCAAGGCCGGUUGUUUCGUUUUCUGACUGGUUCACCGGAGCCACCCAAGUCAAGUGGAACAGACAGGAUUCCCACGUUAUUGCUAGUUCGCAUGACAAGUCUCUUCACAUCUGGGAUGAUAGAAAAGGUGCAUGUCCUCUGCGUACGUUUGAGGCACACGACACUAAAAUAUAUGGACUUGAUUGGAACAGAGCUCGCCCUGAAGCAAUCGUCACUUGUGCUCUUGACAAAACAAUUAAAUUCUGGGACUAUUCACGAGAAGAUGAUAGUCCCGAGAAAGUUAUCCAUACGCCGUUUCCUGUGUGGCGGACGCGGCACACCCCCUUUGGAUGGGGCGUGCUCGCCAUGCCACAGCGUGGGAACAGCGAUCUUCAUCUAUAUAGCCGCGUUUCCGGGGACAAAACCAGCGGCGAAGAAGCUGAUUUACCAUUAGUACACAGUUUCCCGGGCCAUAAGGGCCAAGUCAAAGAGUUCCUUUGGAGGCAGAGGGGGAGCAUCAUAGAUGGCUUAGACCAUAGAGAGUUUCAGCUUGUUUCGUGGGGAACAGACAAAGAGUUACGACUUCACCGCGUAGACCCAGAAAUCCUAAAGGGGGUGGGAUACGAAACUGGAAAGUCUUUCAACCCUCUACUCAGCCUUACUCGCAAAGGUGCUCCCUACAAAACUUUUCAUGAUGAACAUUCUUAUGAAUUUGGCGAGGUUGGCGAUGAAGAUGGCGAACGGGCUGACUACAUCGCCGCCAACAAUACCCUCAAAGGUAUGAAUGGAGUGAGCAUGCCAUACUCGCGCGGUUGGGGUCAGGUUCGGCCCAUUGGGCAGAGAGCCGGUGUACGCGGACGAUCAGCACUUCGGGCAGAUAUGAAUCCUAUCUCUUGGAUGCGAGGAGUAAAAAUUUCCGGGUGGGAAGUGGAAACACUGGGGGAUGAAAUCACGCAUGUCGGUGAGAAGUUCACACGAGUAGCGUUUGAAUCCGUAAAUGUUGGGCAGCGGAAAGCGACCAUUUCUAUGCAUGGACCCUGGGGAUCCGAGAAUUCCAAUGUUUUUCUGAAAAUUGAUAUUAAGUUUCCUGCGGAAUACCCACGAAUGGAGGCUCCGGUUUUCAACGUUCAAAGAACCACAGCAGUGACAAACCAGCUAGCCAAGACUGUUACAACUGGGAUGCAAACAAUCGCGGAGACAUAUCUCUCAAGGCAACGCGGAUGUCUUGAGGGCGUAAUUCGCUACCUGCUUGGGGAACAUACUGUUGAAGAGAGUGUCGUUCUCGCGAAGAAACAAUCAAGUGAACAUUUAAAAACCUCAGAUAUCCUUGCGGAUAAUGAAUCAAGUGACGAGGAUGAAGAUGUCGGCCAAUUCCAGGACUCCGACCUUGCUCUAAGCUCGUCCGAGCUACUCCGCCCGAUCAAUGCCAAUGUCAUGGUCCCAGUCGCACGUGCAUGUGGCGCGCUUUGGGCUAACGAUGGGCAGCUUGUCUGCUUUUUCCCGAAGAAGGAGGACAAAUCGCCGUCCUUCCUAGACUCAAUAAGUUUGCGAACGAUUGCUACCUCAUCCCGCAAUGACAAAGUAUUUGAAGGAUUCGGUCGCCUCCAAACAGGUUCCCCGGCGCCGAAAGGUGCAACUGAAUCAGCCGUCAGCGGUGGCCUUGUAACUGAGGAUGGUGGCUCAGAAUUUUCUGAUGACUCGUCAUAUGACUCGUCAAGCUCCUCUGGCUCUUCGGAUUUAUUAGGGUCACUGCCUCAGCAGUUCCAGGGAAAUCAUGCCUGGAGGCAUAGUAACAUCGGGUUCCACCUUGCAAGAUCUAUUGCAGGCACUUCGCAAAAGUCAUUUGCAGGGCCAAGCACGGCUAGGUCAUCAACAGAUUCUUGCCAGAAUUAUGUCCAUAUAUACCAUUUUAAUGACAUAUUGCCUGCAAAGCGGGACCUUGCUGAACAGUACAAGAUAUUUGGCAACCGGGCGGAAAUAUGCUCUCAUAAUAUGGUUGUUGCAGCAAGUGCAGGACGCUCAGAACUCUCCUACAUUUGGGGGCUUUUGAACUUACUACUGGAUAACAAGGCGGCCGUCGAUACGAAAGCCGUCAAAGAUCGUUUACGCCAUAUAGCGAAUACCCCAAGCUACCUGAGACGAAAGGAUAGCGGCAUUGACCUGAAUAGUGAUGGGCUAAAAACCUGGGGGGACCACCCUUUGGGGGCUCGCUGGUUUAUCCCUGCCUUGUGA